AUGGACGAAUCAGACAAUCGUCUAUUCCGGUUUACGAAGUGGUUUAAUAGCGCCAACGCCCGAACGUCUGGCAUAUAUUCCUCUGGUGCUCUGUUCGCCAUCGGCCUAUUCUUUCUCAUCGAUGCAGCUUCGUUCUCCCAUAGCUCCAAAAAUGGCUCAACAGUCCACAUCAAGUUCGUCGACUGGAUCCCCGGCAUCUGCUCUGCGCUAGGGAUGCUGGUCAUCAACUCCAUCGAGAAGUCGCGGCUGAGCGCGGAUAGCUUUAGCUAUUCUGGAGAUAGCGUGGCGUGGAAAGCGAGAUUCGUUUUGUUCUUGGGCUUUGCGCUGUUGGCCGGUGGAUUGGCUGGGAGUGUCACGGUCAUGGUUUUGAAGUAUAUUAUCCACGGAUACCCUCUUCAAACACUCUACUUUGGUAUUGCGAAUGUGAUCGCGAAUGCAAUGGUGAUGAUGAGUUCCGCCGUCCUAUGGAUUUCGCAGAACAUGGAAGAUGACUAUACCUAUACACUUGCUCUAUGA